GCGGCGGCGGCGGCGGCGGCGGCGGCGGCGGCGGCGGCUGCGGAGGAGGCACAGGGUCGAGGGGGCACGCUGGUCCGUGGCGGGGCGCUACUGGGAGUAGUUUUGAUCUGUGUGGCAGUUCUUCGCAGGUGGAUCGCAGGCGGAGUGUGUCGCAGCCGGCGGCGUCAGGACGGGAAGACGGUGUUGGUGACGGGCGCCAACACUGGCAUCGGCAAGGAGACAUGCCGAGAGUUGGCGCGCAGGGGAGCGCGCGUGGUGAUGGCGUGCAGAGACCUGGCGCGGGCUGAGCGGGCCGCCGAGGAGAUCCGCCAGUCGACGGGGAACGGUAACGUGGUGAUCAGACACCUGGACCUGGCCUCGCUUUACUCCGUCAGACAGUUUGCCAAAGAGUUUUUGGACAGCGAGGACCGACUGGACAUCCUCGUCAACAACGCCGGCGUGAUGAUGUGUCCAAAAUGGCCGACGGAGGACGGCCUGGAGACUCAGUUCGCCGUCAAUCAUCUGGCCCACUUCCUUCUGACCAACUUGCUGCUUCCCAAACUGAAGAGCUCCGCCCCCAGCCGCGUGGUCACCGUUUCGUCCAUCGCCCACCGGGGGGGUCGCAUCGACUUUGACGACUUGUUGUUCGAGAAGAGGCCGUACAGUCCGCUGGUCAGCUACCAGCAGAGCAAGCUCGCCAACGUGCUCUUCAGCAGGGAACUCGCACGACGCCUCCGAGGUUCCGAAGUGUCCUCGUUCUGCUUGCACCCGGGUGUGAUCCGGACCGAGCUGGGCCGCCACGUGGAGGGCUGGUUCCCCCUUUUGGGGGCCGUGCUGAGGCUGCCCUCGCUCCUGUUCAUGAAGACGCCGUGGCAGGGUUGCCAGACCAGCUUGUACUGCGCCGUGACGCCGGGCCUGGAGGAUCAAUCGGGGGGGUACUUCAGUGACUGCGCCCUGAAGGAAGCGGCGCCAGAGGGGCGGGACGAUGAGGCGGCGGGCAGGCUGUGGCGAGAGAGCAUGCGAUUGGUGGGAUUAAAAGAAACCUGCUGAACUUUGACCUACACAGUGGCAUCGUAACAAUCUAUGCAAACUGGAAUAAAAUGGAAAGAAAAAAACAAC